AAUCACUUGAAGUGAUUCACUUCCCAGAACUCGAAGAAACUCCAGGACAGGGAGUCUUUCGGUUAGGUUUGGAUCUCAAGAUUGUUCCACAGAGAACCUGUGGGAGCAGUGUGUGAAGGUUAAAGCAGCAAGCAUGGCAGGCAACGAUGCCGGCCGCACGACGGCGCAGCUGCUCCAAUUUGUGGCCGCAGAGCUCCAAGGCGCCUUCUCUCACAUUGGCAGGGCGAUGGCUACCUAUUCCGAGACGGGUGCCUUGCCUCCUUCCAUGUUCGGGGCUCCAGCGGCCACCAAAACGCGCAAGAGGAGGGACAAGGGUCACAAGCGCAAGCCAAGCGCAUUCAACAAUUACGUGAAGGAGAAGAUGGCAGAGAUCCGUGCCAGUGACAAUGAUGAUGAAGACCACGCGACGGCCAUUGGCACCAGCAUCUUCUCUCAGGCGGUGGACGAGUGGAAGAAGCUGUCAGACGAGGAGAAGAAGAUCUACGCUGAAAAGUACAAGGCUGAGGAGGGCGAGGAGGAGGGUGCAGAGGACCUGGAAGGGGAUGAGGAAAUGGAAGGGGACGAAGAGGGUCACGACGAGGGAGAAAACGACGGCGAAGAGGAGGAGCCUGAACAGGAGCCGGCCCCCCAGGAGCCUCCCAAGGUCGAGCCCCCGCAGGCCGCCCAGCCUGUGAGUGCCAAGAAGGAGAAGAAGCGCAAGGGUCCAAAGGCUGAUGAGCCCAAGGCACAGGCUGCGCCGGAGCAGCCGGCUGCGGACGAGCCCAAGUCAGACAAGAAGAAGAAGAAAAAGAAGGACAAGUAGAGGAUGCAAACCGGGCACCUUGUGCACUCGGCGGAUCUGUCCUGGUGGGCUGGCAAUGUGCUCCUUGUCGUUUACAUUUGUUGAACUGGAGAGGGAAUGGGGAAAGAAAGAUCACCAGCAUUUUGCCGGCCCUGUGCAUCUGGCACUUCACCUCGAACUGCAUCUGCUCUUACGGCCCAUUCUCCUUGCGCACCAACCCCAUGCGGGUGGAGAACCCCGUG